AUGGAAACAAGAUCUGCAAAGCGCAAGAAGCUUUUCCUCAUUGCUGAAAGUGAAGCAGCAGAAAAUAGCAUUGACCGGAUCACCGAUCUUCCCGACGCUGUUCUCCACCAUAUCCUCUCCCUUCUAUCCAUCAAAUCCAUCGCACAAACCAGUCUCUUAUCCAGGCGAUGGAGAUCUCUUUGGUCCUCCUUUCCCGAUCUUGACUUCUCCACCAUUAACCCAAAUCCUCUUUCUUCCAAAAAUCUUGCAAAAACCUCACAUUCUUCUUCCGCUACGGGAAUGGACUUCAUAGCCCAGGUUUUAGCCCUCCACGACAAACACUCCGACAUAAGAAUUCUUCGUUUCCGUGCCCAUUUGAGUUUUUCUCGUCUAAAUGGUCUUAUUCGCCGUGCCAUUAGGCUCAACGUUCAACAACUCGAUGUCGAGUUUGCCACCGACGAUUAUUUCAACAUCCCUCGAUCGGUUUUAGCGAGCGAAUCUUUACGAGUUUUCAAGCUAAAAUCUCAUUGCCCGGGUUUUCAUUUGCCUCCUUCAUCCGUCAUGAGAGAUGGUUUUCGAUCGCUCCACACGUUGUCUCUUUCACUUGUCGUUUUAUACAAUCAACCCUCACUCGUUGACUUGUUCUCAGAUUCAUCGUUUCCAAACCUUAAAAAAUUGAAUCUGGACGCUUGCUUUGGGCUGAAACAUCUUAGUGUUGGGUGCCGGGCGCUAGAAGAUUUCAGCCUGGAAAAUUGUUUUGAGCUGCAAGGGUUGAAUAUUUCGGGUCCAAAAAUGGAGCGGGUGCGGGUAUCAUAUUGUUUUGAUGCUUAUAGUGAAAAGAGUUGGGUGAAGAUCAAUGCUCCGAGACUCAGAAUCUUGCGCUGGGAAUAUAAUUCCAUUACUGAUAAUUGUGCGCUUGAGAAUUUAAGUUUGCUUCGGGAGGUCUCCAUUGGUUUUAUUAUACUUCAUGAAGAUAUAAAUUUUGAAAAGAUUCAGAGUGUAUCCAAUCUUUUGUCUGGACUAUCUCAUGCCCAUUGCUUGAAGUUUGAAAGCAAGUGUUUCGAGAUUCUAUCAAUCAAUAACUAUUUUGCUGUUUAUCUACAACCCUUUCAUAACCUCAAAUCUUUGGAGUUGCAUACAAGUUUCAACAAAAACAAUGUCCUAGGAAUAGCAUGCCUAUUCAGAAGCUCUCCCACGCUGCAUACCCUCAUUCUCAAGAUUAACAACGAUUACAACAUGGAAAGAAGAGAAUGGAAUCGGGACUUGUGGGACAUGUCUAGCUCCGAGGAAGAACAAUUUUGGGAAUCUCAAACACAGACAUUGAAGUCCUUCCUAGAGAACCUGAAGGUAGUGGAGGUGCAUGGGUUUUUAGAAUGUGAGAAUGAGGUUAGUCUAGCAAAGUUUUUGCUCAAGCAUGGAAAGGCCUUGCAAGAGAUGACUCUGUGCACAGGAAACAGUGGUGCUAGGGACUCUCUCAGGAGACAAAAGAUUAGGUCACAGAUGAUGGGAUUCUCUUGGGCUUCUUCUAAUGCUAAAAUUUCAUUUCGCUAG